AUGACGACUAUAACUGAAACAAAUCAACACAAAUCAUCAAUAACAUUGUCAUCUGAUGAGAGUAAUAUACAAAUUACUCCCUCACAUCCUAUCAAACGGUAUAGAGAAGAUAAUCGGCACACUUGUCAAUGUGCAGAGCAACAAGUUAAUGAUUUGACUUUAAAUGUAAAUGAUUAUUCUAACGAAAAAGAUUUCAGGGAAAUGGCAGCGAGAAGAUUAUUGAAUUCCAGUGAGGAAAAUUGUCAAAUUGAACUUGAACAUCGUUUUCCAAACGGAAAAAUGCCUUUCCCAGAGGAUCACAUUAAGUCUGAAGCAAGGAAUUAUAUUAUUCAUUCAAGAAGGAAGUUCGGCAAGAAAUUAUCUGAUUCCGAGUAUACAGUUAACUUAGCUGACGACACUUUCAAAAAGUUUUCUGACAUAAUUCAAUCCCAAGUCGAUGAUUUAUUAUAUAUCAACGAAUUAAGGCUAAAAAAGGCCAAUGAAGACUACAGGCAAACACGUGAACAGCUAAUGGCAGAAUACGUUGUACAUUUAAAUCAUAAUCUUUGUGGGGAACCUGAACCGUUUGAUAAAAUCACUUCCAAGUGCACUGAUGAUAUAAUGAAAAAUUAUGAUCAAAAAAUUAAAAUAUUUCCGAAAUUCAUUACUUUUAAUAAUCGUGACACUUUCAUAUCAACUUUGAUUUCCAAGAAUAAAGAAUUUCGUAUCGAUUAUGACGUGUACUUGAAACAGUACAUGGAUGACUUCAAAAAGAAUGUCGACGAUAUAUAUGAUAAUGUUAUUCAUGAAUACAAGCUCAAAGUCAAUAUCAAAUUACCAAAUAUACCAAUGUCAGAAGAAGAGUUAGACAAAUUAUUGUACUUCAAUAAGGACAAAUAUCAUUCGCUUUUUGACUCCGACACUUCAGCUCUCCCUGGUCAGAAAAAGACUUCAAGAGCUUAUGUCCAACAACAUAAGAACGUCCUCGUGGUAAGAAUCAAUACGGAACAAGAUAACAUGAUCAGUUACAACAAAGAUGCUUCAAAAGAAUGUUGUAAUAAAAUAUGGGAUGAGAAAGUUGAAUUUAUACGUCAUAAAGUAAAGAAUGGAAAUUAUGAUACAUUGGAUAGAUUUCAUAAAGAUCUCAAUACUUUCAAAAACAGCUAUCGUCUUGCAGCUAGUGGACCUGCAAUUAAUACCAUAUGGCAACGACGAUUAAAAGAAAUAAACUCCUGGGAAGCCAAUGUCAGAAGAUCUAUUAUGGCAAUACCUCAUAAUGGCAAAAGCGUUGAAACUAUUUACAAUGAAAUUAUGAAAUCAACGCUCAUUCCCAUUGACGAGUUGGCCAAAUAUUUAGGGAUAGCGUGGGCUGGCAGUGGACAUUACAGACGUACAGCUAGUGGUUAUAUGUGGGUUUGCACUAGGAAGGAUGUGGAUCGCAGGGACUAUUUACCAUCUUAUGUCUAUGAUUUCAAGUCUGACUUCAAAGAUUUAAUAGCAUCCGACCCUAUUAUUGA